CCAGCCAGCGUGGCGUGUCCCAGCCAGCGUGGGACCACGGUGGGCAGAGUGUCACCUCCUCAGCAUCCCUCUGGGUAUCACCCCUGGCCCCAGCCACCUCCUGCACCUCACAGAGGGGUGACAAAGAGGAAAACAAUCACCAAACCCACCUCUCCUUCCGCUGGGGAUAUAACAGGAAUGUGAUUUCACCGCCCUGGUGUUAAGGGGAGAUGUGAGCAACCACUGGAGUUGGAAAAACUCCUGCAGGGAGUGACUGAGGGAACAGCAGGAAUGGGAUGAUCCUGUGAGGAGCUCGGCUGCAGCUGCCUGGUUCCACCUUGACCUCUGCAAAUCUGGUUGGGCCAAGGCAGACUUCUUUGGAAGUGAAAACUCCCCGACUUGCUGAUGGCCCUUUGCCAAGUGUUGCCCUCGGAGAGCAAAGCUGAAAAACAUGGAUGCUUUUUUAAAGAAGAACCUGGAGCCCUCGGAGCAGGACAUGUUUGACCAGUUGACACAGAUGGAAGCACCUUCUGUCAGCACCUCCAGGAGCCUGGAAUGUUCUCUUCCCCUGGAAGCCAAUGUGGGUCUGCCUGGGCACCUCAUCCAGUGCCUGCACCCGCCUCCUGCCUAUGUCACCUACACAGCCCCCGUGGUCAGGAUGCUCGUCAAGCAGGAUGAACAGCAAAAGGCUGCAGCCUGCUGCCCAGCAGAGAUGGAGCCCAACAGGGAGCCUCCAGAAGCUGAGUUUGAUGAAGGAAGCCCAGUGCUGUCAGAGCUGAGCAGAGGCAGCAGCACGCCCGGGGCUGGGAAGGACUCUGCAGGAAUGUCUGUGGCUGAGAGCAGGUUGCCAUCACCCAGUGUGUACAACAGGGUUAUUUUUGCAAGAAAACAUGCCCUGUCUGUGCUGCCACGUGGCUCUUUGGUGUGUUCCAGCAAGAAGAAGUGA